AAACUUUUUAUUUUUUAAAGAAACCUAAAAUUCACAAAAUAAAAAUAAAAGACUUAGAAGACUUAUGUAUGGUAUAUGAAGACAUCAAGUCUUGAAAAAAUCUAAUCUAAAAUGAAAAAAGAAGGCUCGCUGCUCUUUCCUACAUAUUGCUGUUCAGUUUCAGUAGAUCUAUACCUCCCAUUUCCAUGGUCUUAUGGUCGAGGGCGUCCAUUUUUUGUUUUUCUCUCAUCAUGUUAGAAUGGAGGAGAAUCCUUGAUGUUGGCUGAUCACAACGACUUUAAUAUGCAUUUGACUGUGCGAGCUGUGUAAUUGGAUUCGAGUCUAUAGGCGCUAGAUGGCUCCGUAAAUACAGUGCAUUUUCUUCUCCGUCAUAAGUCACAAGUACGUUGCAAUGGAUAACUUCGCAUUUUGGAGACGCUUUUUAGGCAUUGCCAUAAGACGCAAUGAGUUAAGUGGUGUGCUUCAGCAAGUAACGACCAAAUUGGAUGCCAUGGAGCAACAAGCAAGUCAUGAAGAAACACAACUUGACAACACGCGGAAGAAAAUUUUCAAGGACUUUCAAACACGAGUAGACGGGUUCAAGAGGUCUGCACAGGACACGUUGGACAGUAGCCAGGAAGGACAGUGGUUCGUGACUCAACUGUUGCAGGUAACACGCAUUGAGCGCCACAUCAAAGAAGGACAAGUGCUUCUUACCAAAAGCAACCAGUUAAUCGAGGAAGGUCUGACAAAAAAUAAGAUUAAAACUCGAGGCCUUAUAUUUCCACUAGAUGAAGAUCAGUACAUGGGUGAGACUGUUACUGCGGUCAUAGAAUCUAUUCACAAUGCAAUACAAAACAAAGAAGCACAGUGCGUUGGUAUCUAUGGUAGCCCAGGAUCAGGAAAAACUAAUGUCAUGAAACAAGUCUACAACAAAAUCUUCAAAGAUGAGGGUUUUAAGGCUGUGUAUUGGGCCACAGCUCCUAAUUUAGACCCUGAUCGUGCUAGCUACCACAAGAGCGUGCAGGAGCGUGUUGCAGCAGGAAUGUGGGUUAAUUUAGAAAAUGAUGUUGUGCAUGACGAGGUCAGAAGUGCUGGGAAAAUAAAUGAGAGACUCCUAGACUUAGGCUCUGGUGUCGCAGUUCUGUUCUUGGAUAAUGUAAGGGCAGAGUUUCCUGCUUAUGAAUUGCUAGGAAUUCCGUCUCUUACAAAUCCGAGUAAUACUAAUGCGACUAAUAUCACUUGUUCUGAAUCCGAACCUGAACCUGAACCCGAACCCGAACCUGAACCUGUGAACUGCAUCUUGGUUUUUACGACACACGCAAGAGAUAUAUGCCACAGAAUGAGAUGUGAUCUUACCCACGAGGUGAACUUAUUGAACCAGCAAGAAGCCUUAGAUAUGUUCUUGCAUAACGUCGGGCUCAAGAACAAGGAUAGACUACAGCUCUCAUCUCGAGAACAGGACAUUUAUGAAAUAGCAGUUGAAGUUGCAAACCAAUGUGCAAGAAUGCCGCUAGCCAUCAAAGCCAUAGCCUGUGCCAUGGCUCAGGCUGAUGACCUUCGCCAAUGGAGACACAGGCUAAAUGAGAUGAGGGGGAAAAUUGGGAGAAUCCAUGAUGAAGAAGAUAAGAUAGCUGAGCAGCUCAAAUGUGGUUACAUUUGCUUAAAAGAUGAAACUGCCCGAUGUUGUUUUCUAGCUGCAGCAAAGAUGUUGGACGAGGAUAGACAGUUGUCUAAAGAGGAGAUCAUUGAUAAGUGGAAGACACAGGGUUUGAUUGGUAAGGAUCGACGUUCUGAUUUUGCGUAUGAUCAGGGUUGUACUAUUUUGAAACAGCUCGAAAGAGUGUGCUUGAUCCAAGCUGAAGUUGUACCUGAACAAGACCAUCAAGAAGUGAUCAGUAUGAAUAGGUGGAUCAGGAAAAUGGCAACUAAAGUUUCUUACCCAUUGCAUUAGUUAAAAUUUUGUUUUUCAGUUUGUACACUGAACACAUGUUUUUUUUUAUGAAUUCUGUGUUGUACCAGUGAUGACAGGAUCUAAUUUCAUUUUGAACCAGCAGGAAUUUUGAUUUUUGGAA